AUGGCGAGUCGGAACGGGGCGCGGCAGCAGCCUUCGCAGGACGAGGACGAGGAAUCAGCGGGGAAGAGGCUCGAAGAUGUAGAGAGAGAUUUCGAAGCUCUCACGCUAGAUAACGUCCUCCAGAGGAUCCAAGCUUUGGAGAAAGAGAAUCAGCGCCAGAAAGAACAGUAUGCGCUUGAGAAAGAACAAUCAGACAAGAGGAUCCAAGCUUUGGAGAAAGAGAAUCAAGCUUUGAGGGCUUCCCAGGAAAAGACAGAUAUAGUGAACAAGAUGAGACUCGGUGUUUUUGACGACCUUUCUUCUGGUAGUGUCGAUCUUCCCAGUGCUCCUGCUGUAUUGGGCAAAAUUACUUGCGUUGCUUUCCAAGAAUGUGCACUCGAGAGACUAUCUGAUCGCUGUGUGGCUGUGAAAGCAUCAGCCUAUAAAGAUGGCAAGAGGGGUAACCCAGGUCCCUCCAACGAGAAAAGAUUUGACUUGAAAGGUCGUGAGGUCAAAUCAUCUGCAAUACAAGCUUCGCACUUAAUCCCACACAGCUAUCUAUGUCGGACCGACUGGGCAGCUAUUUUGCAGCAUACCCUUCCCGAGGAAACGCUAAAGUCCAAAGAUGUGGUUGAGAAGAUUUUGUUCGGGUGUUUCGAUGAGGACAACAAGUACAUGCCGGGGAUGGCAGAGAAUCCUUACAACUUCAUCAACCUGGUUGCACAACAAGCGCAUCUAGACCAAAAAGCAGCUAUUAUGGUACUUCCGCUAUUAUGUCCCCAGCAGCAAUGCGAGUGGAGCGGCGAAGGGUACCAAGCGAUCUUAAUCUGUGCAAAUCAAGAAGUUUAUGAUGAAACUGUGUUGCGACUUGAAACAGAAGCAAUCGGAAAGAAUAAGUCAGGGCGGCACGAUCAAGUCUCCGAGGCACAGGUUGGAGAGAAGUCUCGCCUCAAGGAGAUCUGCGAGCCGAUGAGGGAGGACUACUUGAUCCCCAGCAUUUUUCCAGGUGACAUGGAGAAACUUCAUCAGGCUCUAGAGUACAUCGAGAUACUACUCAAGGAUGUUGCUGCGAUUCAGUGCGGUCAAGAACUGAGCCUCGAAGAGCUACUGCAGAAUGCCGGAAUCUCGACCAAGUCGGCACGGGAGAAGUUGAGAGCAGAGAAAAUGGUCAAGACAUUCAAGGGACUGGAAUCUACAACCGAGGAGAUUGUUUGUUUCCGCUUAAUAAGGUUCAAAGGGAGCAGUCCCGAAGAGGCUGAGGUUCAUCUACACCAAGCUCCGCAUCCUCUGCUUCUCUCGCUUCGUUCGAUGAACGCCAUCACGAAUCACUGUUACGGAGACUUGGCAAACAACGUCACAAGAUUACUUCUCAUGUCCUGUUACAGCAGCUUGGACGAAGGAAUGGAUUUCGACUGCGAGCAUUGCUUACGAAACGCGUUUGGCUUGGAAUACGACGAGGAGGCGAAAUAUGAGUUCAGAAAACAGUCCGGAGGCAUCACAGUUUUCGGCCGAAAAGUCUUGUGGGUCUGGUACAAGCGCAUCAUCCAGAACGACUCAAGAUUCGGAGACUUGCGCUGCGAGUACUGUUCCAAGGGACCUGUUUGGUGGCUCCGAUGA